GCUUUACCCACAGAAAUCUGUGCCUGCGAAGUCUCCGUUUGCGACCUAAAACCUCACCAUUCCUUGUUUCCCGGCUAGCGUUUUGGCUGUGUUCAUCGCCGGAGAGUCGGAGUUCGUAGAAGAUGGAGAUGCCUGAGGCUAAUCAAGGCGCAGAGAUUCAUUCUAAUCAGACGAUCUACAUCAACAAUCUCAACGAGAAAGUGAAACUCGAUGAGCUGAAGAAAUCGCUGAAUGCAGUGUUCUCGCAGUUCGGUAAGAUACUGGAGGUGUUGGCGUUUAAGACACUGAAGCACAAAGGACAGGCAUGGGUGGUGUUCGAUAAAGUAGAAUCUGCAUCUAACGCUAUUGCCAAAAUGAAUGGUUUUCCCUUCUACGACAAGCCCAUGAGAAUACAAUUUGCCAAAACGAAAUCGGAUAUCAUUGCCAAGGGCGACGGUACUUUUGUUCCUCGUGAGAAAAGAAAGAGACACGAGGAGAAAGGAGGGAAAAAACGGAAAGAUCAGAAUCUUGUUCCUUCUCAGAUGAUUGCUGCCGCAGGAUAUCCAGGCGUCUAUGGUGCUGUACCUCCGCUCUCACGAGUAGCUUACCCGGGUAGUAUAAGACCAGUUGUGCCCGAGGCUCCAGCUCCGCCAAAUAAUAUCCUGUUUGUUCAGAACCUUCCCCAUGAGACAACCCCGAUGAUGCUGCAAAUGUUGUUCUCCCAAUAUGCUGGUUUUAAGGAGGUUAGGACAGUGGAAGCAAAACCGGGCAUUGCCUUUGUGGAGUUUGGAGAUGAGAUGCAGUCGACGGUGGCGAUGCAGGGACUUCAGGGUUUCAAGAUUCAGCAGAACCAAAUGCUCAUCACUUAUGCCAAGAAAUAGACAUCUUAGAUGUGUUGAAUCUCAAUGAUCUGUGAUCCAGUAUCUUUUAGUUUGGUUGAUACAUUCACAUGUAAUUGAGCUGCUGUUUCUUAGAAGUUUAGAUGGUUAUUUAUAGUUAUACACGGAUUAAUGUAGUUUAAAGCGCGAAACAAAGGCCUGUUUGGGGCAUUUCAUUGUGUCA